AUGACAAUUACCACCUCUCCCAUCGCUCCUCCACGUGAAGAUGGGCAAAGUUCAAAUCAACAAUUGCCUAUAACAACCAAUCCAGCAGCCUCAAUUAAUAAAAGGAAAGUUUCGAAUAAAGUCACCCUCAUUCCUCUAAUUUUCCUCAUAUACUUUGAAGUUGCCGGUGGUCCGUAUGGCGAAGAGCCUGCAGUCCAGGCUGCGGGGCCUUUAUUAGCCAUUCUUGGCUUCCUAAUUUUCCCUUUUGUCUGGAGUAUCCCUGAAGCCCUGAUCACAUCAGAGCUCUCCACUGCAUUCCCUGGAAAUGGAGGAUUUGUGAUAUGGGCUGAUCGUGCUUUUGGACCCUUUUGUGGAUCGCUUAUGGGAGCAUGGAAGUUUCUUAGUAUUGUCAUCAAUAUAGCAGCAUUUCCGGCACUUGGUGUUGACUAUCUCAAGAAACUGUUUCCAAUCUUCUCUUCAGGCCUACCACGCUAUCUGGCAAUUCUGGUAUCGACUUUAGUCCUUUCUUUUGUCAACUAUACAGGGCUUACUAUAGUUGGAUAUGCAGCUGUGGGUUUAGGCAUUGUUUCGUUAGCACCAUUUAUAAUAAUGUCAUUGAUAGCGAUUCCGAAGAUUCAUCCACAUAGAUGGAUCAAUUUAGGCCAAAAGGGUGUGAAAAAAGACUGGAAUUUGUUCCUUAAUACAUUGUUUUGGAACCUGAAUUUUUGGGAUAAUGUUAGUACUAUGGCUGGUGAAGUUGAGAAUCCACAAAAGACAUUCCCUUUGGCACUGUUUUGUGCUGUGAUUUUUACCUGUUUAGGUUACAUUAUCCCACUCGUAGCUGUAACAGGGGCAAUUUCUGUGGAUCAGAGUUUAUGGGAAGCAGGUUUCAUGGCAGAUGCAGCAGAGAUGAUUUCAGGUAAAUGGUUGAAAAUCUGGAUUGAAUUUGGGGCUGUUUUAUCAGCAAUUGGACUUUUUGAAGCUCAGUUGAGUAGCAGUGCUUUUCAGAUUGAGGGCAUGGCUAGAAUAGGCUUCUUGCCUAAGUUCUUCUCGCUAAGGUCAAAAUGGUUCAAUACACCUUGGGUGGGCAUACUGGUUUCAACUGCUAUUAUACUUGCUGUGUCUCAUAUGAAGUACACAGAUAUCAUAUCAGCUGCCAAUUUCUUGUAUAGUUUGGGAAUGAUUUUAGAAUAUCUAUCCUUUCUUUGGUUGAGGAGAAAAUUUCCCUCAUUGAAACGCCCAUAUCGUGUUCCAUGCAGGCUGCCAACUCUGGUGGUCAUAUGCUUAAUCCCAUCAGCAUUUUUGGUGGUUUUAAUGGCUGUAGCGACUAAGAUUGUAUAUUUGAUGAGUGGGUUGAUGACUGUGGGUGCAAUUAUAUGGUACUUCCUGAUGAAGUUGUGCAAGUCAAAGAAGUGGCUCAAAUUUAACGAUGGUUAUGCUGAGGAAGAAAUGUGAGGAGAUGCCAGAAUAUUUUGUAUAUAGUUAGUCUAGGCUUGCUAAAUGCUGGAAUAAUGGAAGAGUUAUAGAUGAUUUGGUUAAAGACGUUGGU